GGCAACCCACUCCAGUAUUCUUGCCUGGACAAUCCCAUGGACAGAGGAAAGGAGCCUGGCGGAUUAUGUCCAUAGGGUCACAAAGGUCAGACAGGACCGAGCUACUGAGCACACACACAUGUAGCCUCAAUAGAUGCCAAUCACAAGUGUCUGGACUAAGGCCUCACCUGCCUUGUGUCACUGGAUAGGCAUCUUUAAUUACCCAAAGCCCUGAAACAUGCUUCUGACUUCAUCCUUUUUAACUAUUGUGAAUGUAGAUUUGAAAUAUGCCUCUAUUAGGGUUUUCCUUAUAAACAUCACUUUUAAAAAAUUGAGUAGAGUUGAUCUUUAAUCUUAUGUAAUAUACAGUAUAAUGAGUCACAAUUAUUACAGUUUAUACUCCAUUUAUAGUUAUUGUAAAGUAUUGGCUACAUUCCUGUCUGGUGUAAUAUACCUUGUAGCUUAUUUUAUACAUAAUAGUGGACCUUUUAAUUCCCUAUCCUUAUAAGCUCCUCCUCCUCCCUUCUCCCAAUGCAUAUCAUUUAUCAUGUGUGCACUUUUCCUCAAGGACUUUUGUGGCCUGUGAAGCCAUUUACUUUGGGGACAAAUGGUCCCCUUGUAAUGUGUCACUGAGUAUGUGUAUCUUGUAUUUGUGGCUUUUCUGUCAUUUUCAGUGCCAGCUUUCUCCUCCUCUGGCCAGUAUGUCCCUACCCACUCCCCCUACAAUUCACAGGUCGCCGCUUCAAAGCUGUAUUUGAAGCAGCACUGCUCAUCACAAUCCUCAGAAUACUGUCCACGAGUAAAGAACUCUGCCCAAGGACUCAAGGGACUUUCCUGUUAGUCUGUAAGUUGUCAUGAAAGACCUUUGUGACAAUUAUUUUUGUUGUUUAGGGUUUUUUUUUUUAACUUCCUCCUGGUUCUCCGCUCUCUUUGGGAUAGUUGAGGAAGUUGAAGAAGUGAAGUACCAUUAUGUAAUGAUGAAUAUUGCUUUUCACAAGAGGUGACCGGAAAAACCCCCUUCUAUUUUAUGGGAGGAACUAUACCCAAGCAUCUGGACUGGCAUAGAAAAGAGGAGAAAGAACAUUUAAAAGGUGUACAAGAUCCCCAGCAUGAGAGAAUUAUUACUGUGUCUACUAAUGGAAGUAUUCACAGCCCAAGGUUUCCUCACACUUAUCCAAGAAAUAUGGACUUGGUAUGGAGACUAGUGGCAGUAGAAGAAAAUGUGUGGAUACAGCUCACAUUUGAUGAGAGAUUUGGGCUUGAAGACCCAGAAGAUGACAUAUGCAAGUAUGAUUUUGUAGAGGUUGAAGAACCAAGUGAUGGAACCAUUUUAGGGCGCUGGUGUGGGUCUGGCAGUGUGCCAGGCAAGCAAAUUUCUAAAGGAAAUCAAAUCAGGAUCAGAUUUGUAUCUGAUGAGUAUUUUCCCUCGGAGCCCGGGUUCUGCAUCCACUACAACAUUGUCAUGCCACAGCUCACGGAAACCGUGAGUCCUUCCUCGCUGCCCGCCUCAGCCUUGCCACUGGACCUCCUGAAUAACGCCGUCACUGCCUUUAGUACCUUGGAAGACCUCAUUCGGUAUCUUGAACCAGACAGAUGGCAGUUAGACUUAGAAGAUCUCUACAGGCCCACUUCUUUGCAACUGCUGGGCAAGAAUUUCGUGUUUGGAAGAAAAUCCAGAGUGGUGGACCUGAACCUGCUCAGGGAGGAGGUGCGGCUCUACAGCUGCACACCCCGCAACUUCUCCGUGUCCGUCCGGGAGGAGCUGAAGAGGACCGACACCAUCUUCUGGCCCGGCUGCCUCCUGGUGAAGCGCUGUGGCGGGAACUGCGCGUGCUGCUUGCACACCUGCAGCGAGUGUCAGUGUGUUCCCAGCAAGGUCACCAAGAAGUAUCACGAGGUCCUUCAGUUGAGACCCAAGACAGGCGUCCGGGGGCUGCAUAAGUCACUCACGGACGUGGCCCUCGAGCACCAUGAGGAGUGUGACUGCGUGUGCAGGGGGAACCCUGGGGGAUAAUGCCUCGCAGUGGCUCAGGGCUGCCUCUGCGACAGAACUUGUGCCUUAUCUCCAUCCACAGUCCCGGCUGUUGGCUCCAGGGCCCUUUCAUCUUCAGGAUUUACAGCGUGUUCUGAGAGAGGAGACACCAGGCAGAAUUAGGGGUUGUGCAACGGCCCUUUGGAGAUGAGGCCCCCACGACAAGAGGAACGUCCUCGCCGGGAAAGGAAUGAACCUUGUAGAUUUCUAGUUAGUUGCAAAGUCCCUGUGAGCACCCUCGGCUGCACUGUGUCUCUUGUCUGGAUGUGGCCUAGGUUCAUGUCAGCACAGGAAACACUGCCUGUGAGCCCCUGGUUCUGUCGCCUUGCUUAACUCUAAGCCCCGUGCUCUGGGGCUCAAAUCACAGAAAUCUCGGAUUGUUUCUUCUAGUCACAUGUAUAAGAGUGUUCUAAGUUCUACCAACAUGGGUUUUAAAAAGGAACUGUGUUGCCAUGAAUUAAACUUGUCAUGCUGAUAGGAGAGACUGGAUUUUCCAUAUUUCUUAAUCAGAUUUCUACCAUUUAGAAGAAGAGACCUCCAUGCAUGGUUUGGAACAGACAAACCUGAGAAGAGUGGCCUUAUCUUCACUUUAUAAGUUGGUUUAUUUGUUUUAUUGUGUACAUUUUUUAUAGUCUCCUUUUGACAUUAUAACUGUUUGCUUUUCUAAUCUUGUUAAAUAUAUCUAUUUUUACCAAAGGUAUUUAAUAUUCUUUUUUAUGACAACCUAGAUCAACUAUUUUUAGCUUGGUAAAAUUUUCUAAACAGAAUUGUUAUAGCCAGAGGGACAAAGAUGAUAUAAGAUAUUGUUGCUCUGACAAAAAUACAUGUAUUUCCUUCUUGUAUGGUGCUAGAGCAUAGAUCAAUCUACUUUUUCAAAUAUUAAUUGGGAAAUGGAUAGAAUUUGGUAAGUUGCAAAGACUCUUGGAAAAUAAAUAAUUAUGUCUUCAACUCCUCUUAUUGAGAUGAAAGUAAAAAGCAGAAUACCCCCAGAGGCAUCCAGGUCCAGGCGUUACUAACCUCUAACCCUUAUUUAGGAAAAUGUGAGCCCAGCUCAGAAGAUCAUAAAGCACCUUGAGAAUAAGAGACUUGACAACCGCCUGACAAAGCAUGUUCGGCUGUCCUAUAGGAACACAUCCUAUUUAUUGUGAUGUUCUGGUUAGAUUAUCUUUAAACUCUGUUCCAUACACUUGUAUAAAUACAUGAAUAUUUUUAUGUACAGAAGUAUAUCCUUUAAUCAAUUCACUUAUUGUACUCUUUGGCAAUUGAAAAGAAAAUCAGUCAAAUCCUUCGCUUGUAUAAUGCUGAAUCUCGUGCCUAGGUUAUGUGGUGACUAUUGGAAUUAAAAAUGUAUUGAAUCACCAAAUAAAAGAAUGCAGCUAUUUUGGGGAGAAA